AGCAGACCCACAGAGCUUUGCGUGGGACCUGGGUGUGUGCUGCGAUCAUGGCGUGUGUGUCGGAGUUCUACGCAGGGAAGUGUGUGUUGAUCAGUGGGGCGACAGGCUUCAUGGGGAAGGUGUUGGUGGAGAAGCUGCUGCGCUCCUGUCCUGAGGUUAAACUGCUGUACCUGCUGAUCCGCACCAAACAGGGCCACAGCUCCCAGCAGAGGAUCCACACCAUGCUGCAGAGCAAGCUGUUUGACCGGCUCCGGGAGGAGAAUCCAGACUUCCAGAAGAAGAUCAUCCCUGUUAGCAGUGAGCUCACACAGCCUGGACUCGCUCUGAGUGAUGAAGACGUACAAACGCUCACUCAGUCUGUCCACAUCAUCUUCCACUGCGCCGCCACCAUCCGCUUCGACGAGCCGCUCAAACAUGCUCUGCAGCUGAACGUGAUUGCAACGCAGCAGCUCCUGUCUCUGGCGCAGCAGAUGAAGCAGCUUCAUGCGUUUAUUCACAUCUCCACUGUCGCCAACUGCAACCGCCGUCAUAUUGAUGAGGUCAUUUACCUCCCACCUGUAGAACCCAACAAACUCAUCCACUCACUGGAGUGGAUGGAUGAUUCGAUCAUUCGUGACAUCACGCCGAGGCUGAUUGGUGAUUGGCCGAACACGUACACCUACACCAAAGCGCUGGCGGAGAGCAUGGUGCAGAAAGAGAGCAGCAAACUCAACGUGGCCAUCAUCAGACCCUCCAUCGUAGGGGCCAGCUGGCAGGAACCAUUCCCUGGCUGGAUUGAUAACUUUAACGGUCCGAGUGGAGUCUUCAUUGCGGCUGGAAAGGGGAUCUUGAGGACAAUGAGAGCCAGUAAUGAUGCAGUAGCAGAUCUGAUUCCAGUCGAUGUAGUGAUCAACCUCACACUUGCUGCAGGGUGGUACACUGCAGUGCACAGGCCGAAGUCUGCUCUGGUGUAUAACUGUACAACAGGAGGGAUUAACCCUUUCCACUGGGGAGAGAUCGAGCAUCACGUGAUGUCGACGUUUAAGCGGAACCCUCUGGAGCAGGCGUUCCGGCGGCCCAAUGCUAACAUCACCUCCAACUACCUGAUUUAUCAGUACUGGAUCCUGGUGAGCCACAAGUUCCCUGCUUUCCUCUACGACCUGUUCCUCAGGCUGUCCGGACAAAAACCCCAAAUGAUGAGGAUCUUUAACAGGCUCCAUAAAGCCAUUGGACUAUUGGAGUAUUUCAGCAGUCAGGACUGGGAGUGGAAUUCAGACAACAUGAACAUGCUGAUGAACCAGCUGAGCACUGAGGACCGCAAGACGUUUAACUUUGAUGUGCAUCAGCUGAACUGGCCUGAGUACAUUGAGAAUUACUGCAUCGGCACCAAGAAAUACGUCCUGAACGAGGACAUGGCCGAUAUUCCAGCUGCCAGACAGCACCUGCGCAAACUGAGGAACAUCCGUUACACGUUUAACACCGUCCUGCUUGUCUUCAUCUGGCGUGUGUUUAUCGCUCGCUCUCAGAUGGCCAGAAACAUCUGGUACUUUGUCGUCAGUUUGUGCUUUAAGUUCCUCUCCUACUUCAAAGCCUCGAGUACCCUCACCAACUAAACAGUGUUCUCCUGAAACCUUCUCCUCCAGAGAUCCACCUCACCACAUCAUCUCCAGACUGUCUCACUGUACUCCACUUUAGACCAGGUUGUGUCUGGGCUCAUUUACACACUUCCCCCGGUUUACUGCAGCAUCAUCCAGACUGACCCAGUCCACCUCAGUGUAGCCUCAUCUCCCCCUGUCCUGGUCUACAGCCAGUCCACUGGCAUCGACCUGCCCCAGUCCGGUACGCCUGAGGGUACCCUGGACCUGCCCAUGUUAUCUGCAGUCUGGUCUGACCGUCUGCCCCCUGGUCUGACCGUCUACCCCUGGUCAUCUUAAACACACCCCAGUCACACAACCCUCUGUGUCAGUGUCUGUAACCCUGUUUUGCCCCAUGUCUGUAUGUGUCUGGAUGUUUUUGAGCUCCUCACUUUUUCCACACUGUAUCUGCAGUAUUCACAAUUUUCUCCUGGUCUGAAUUUACUACUUUCUGUCCCCCCCUCCCAGUCUUAAACCACUGAUCAAUCUGUUAGCAAAUCAAUGGACUGCCCCUGUUAGUUACCCCGGGGUACUGAGGGUGGAGUGGUGUAAUGCCUGAGCAUGUCCACUCUUUUUACUGUUUCUUCUUU